AUAGUGCAUUAUUGCACCAAAAUGUGUAAAAUGCAAAGCCAAUUUUCUAUUUUUUUAAAUAAACUAAGUCUAAAGGUACUAGCCGUUAAGUAAGGAAUAAACUAUAAAGAAAAUAGAGUAAGAUAAUAAGAAAUUCACCACAUCUUCAUAGUAAUAGAGUAUACAUACAUGCUAUGUGAUGUCUGGUCUAAAUCAUGUACAAAGAGUUCGUUUAUUGUAUAAAACUAUUUUAAGACUGCACCGAGGCUUACCAAAUGAAUUACAAGAACUAGGUCAAGCAUAUGUACGUGAUGAAUUUCGUAGACAUAAAAACUGUAAUCCUAAAGAAACUCAAAUAUUCAUGCUGGAAUGGAGUAAAUACACAUUGACACUAUCAGAGCAGCUUUUAAAAAAUGCAAAAUCAAAUAUUGGUUUUGGUAAAAAUAUUGAUAAAGAUGAUGGUGUAUUAGACUCUUUCACGGAUGAUCAAAUUUUACAACUUUAUAAUUUAUUCAAGGAAACAACUGGAAUCCAGGACAAAAUUAUUGAAUCUGAGCUUUCAAAAUAAUUCAAUUAGACUAUAUUAUAUACCUAAUAUAAUAUGCGCCUAAUAGCUAUAGAAAUAUAUAUUAAUUAUGUUACCACUGUGUAACUUUGCUAGUUUUAAAUAGAAUAUUAUUGUUACUGCAUGUAUUUUUUUAAUGUGUUGAAUAAUCAAAUUAUAUAGGCACAUUAUACUUAUAACAUACAAUAUACAUAUUAUAAUGUAUAAAUUAACUGUAUUUAUCUCAAUUAAAAAUAAAAAAAAUAUAUAUAUAAUAUUCUGAUGUAAAUGGUUCUCUUUUAAUCAAAAAGUAGCUUGUAAAAUUAUUGGUGAUUAAAUAACAAGAAAUAAUUUUAAUUGUUUUCCACUUAUUAGAUUACUCAGAUAAAACUUUUUGAUGUGUAAUUAAGAACUUUUUUCUUACACGCUCACAUAUUGUAAAGAUUAAAUAUUUUAUCUAGAACAAUUAAUUAUCUUUUCAAAAUAUUAUUUUUUUAUUCUCAAUUUUAAUGUCUUACAAAUUAUUUAUUUAUAUAAUAUGUUAAUAAACAUUGAUAGUAUGUUCUAGUAUAAUAUUCAUUCAAUUAAAUUAAAAUUAUUAUGCUUCAUAGACUAAUCUUUUAGGCAGUAUUUUAAGUGAUUGGAUGAUGACAGUCUAGUUAUUUCUUAACUAUUUAAAAUUAAUUUUAAGACCAAUUUAUAAUUCAUAGUGUAAUAUGUUCAAACAAACAAAAAUGAAAGGCUGCUGAUACUCAUAUUAUCAAUAAAUUCUUACAUUGAGUUGAACUAUUUGAUAUGUUUUCAUAGAUGCAAGUUGUUAUAUAACAUUUAUAAUAUACAACUUUGAAACUAA